UUGGCAACUGAGAAGCAACUCACACACAAAUAUAACAAUCCGGGCUUCAAUCCGGCUUGAAAUUGAUGGUGUUUCUUUCCCUUUUCUUCUGUUUAUUUUGUAAAUUUACAUUGAUCAAUUUUAAUCGUUACUAGCAGUAAGCAUUUUACUGCGUCUUCUAUACAUCAAUGAUUGUCUUUACUGUAUGUUAAUUUAAAUGUUAUCCAGCAUCAUAAAGACAACAAACAUUAAUAGACACAAAUACACAUCUACCGGGGAUCAGUUUCUUCUUUUGGAUAAAUUUCUAUCAAAUAUCAUCCAAACAACGUUAUUUUUUAUUUAAUUGAGUGAUAUUUAUUCAUAAAAUUACUCUCCAUUAUCAAUUUUUUACCCAAUUAUUGCACGAAGCAUUGUGUUUUGAAUAUCUCAUAUAUUUAUUAAAUUACUUUCUACUUUAAACUAAGUCAUGGCACCUGGAACUGGAUCAAAAUUUCAGUACGAUGAAAGUGGCGGUACCUUUUUCUAUUUCCUUCUCUCAUUUUUGGCUUUAGUUGUUAUCCCUUGCACAUACUACUUAUGGCCUUAUGAGAAAAAGAAAGAUAAAGAUAAAUUGCGAGAUAUAAACGCUUGUCAUUGUGGUCCGUGCGCCAUCAAAUCAAAUUAUCUUGAAUCACGGGAGCCGUGGAAAAAUGUUAAGAAUCAAGCUAUUAAAGCCGUACUCCUUCUUGGUUGGAUAGCGAUGAUUCUCACAGCUUACAAAGUUGUCAAUCUUCAGCACGAUUAUGUUGUUUGGGAUCCAUUUGAGAUACUUGGUAUUGAUCCUAGUUCAUCGACCGCAGAAAUCAAAAAGGCAUAUCGUCGAUUAAGUCUUAUUUAUCAUCCUGACAAAGAAACUGGAGACGAGAAAAAGUUUCUCCUGUUAACAAAAGCAUACGCUGCAUUAACAGAUGAUGAAGCCCGGAAAAAUUGGCAGCUCUAUGGUAACCCGGAUGGACCUGGUGCUACCUCUUUCGGUAUUGCCCUGCCUUCUUGGAUCGUUGAGAAGGAAAAUUCAAUCUUGGUUUUAGGGCUUUAUGCAUUAGUUUUCAUGGUUGCUCUGCCAACCGCUGUAGGUAUAUGGUGGUAUCGGUCCGUUAAAUAUGGAGCAGAUCAAGUACUUUUAGACACCACCUCACUUUAUUAUUAUUUCAUUCAUAAAACUCAUCAGAUGCCAUUGAAAAGAGUAUUAAUGAUUAUCGCUGCCUCCUGUGAAUUCCAUCGUCGGCAGAACAGUGAAAUCAUUGAAAGGCCUAGUGAUAAUCUUGAAGUGAACCAAUUGAUCAAAGAACUGCCGUACAUUAAUGACAACAACCGUGAAAAACCAUUAUUCUUCCCAUACUCAUUGAAGGCUCGAGCAUUACUCCAUGCACAUCUUAGCCGAAUGAAAUUACCUCCAACCACAUUGGAAAUUGAUAAAAUGAUCAUUGUGAAAAAAUGUCCUCUUUUAAUUCAAGAAUUUGUACAAUGUGCUGGACAAUUGACUAUUCUUGCACUUACUGGACGUAUUUCACGUAAACCGCACAAAGAUACUCUUGAAAAUGCUAUGAAGCUGUGCAGAUUGGUAGUGCAAGCUCUUUGGGACAAUAAAAGCCCACUUCUUCAAUUACCCCAUAUCACUGAAGAUAUGUUGAGAUUCUUUAAUACUCGUAAACGUGGAACCAUCCGUAGUAUCCAACAAUUAGCAACCAUGAAAGAAGACGAAAGAAGGUCAUUAUUGCGAAGCCUUACUGAUGAGCAUUAUCAUAAUAUUAUCCAAGUAAUGAGUCGAAUGCCUUUUAUUGAAUUAGAUGUUAAAACAGAAGUUGUGGAUGAUGAAGAUUCCACAACUAUAACUGCUGGAGCUAUUGUUACUGUCACAGUAACUUUAAUAAGGCAUGCAAUUAAAGUGUUAAUUGACAAAAGUCGUGCUGAAGACUAUGAUCCAGAUAAAGCAGAACGAGAAGUGAAUGGAUCCGAAGAUAUCGCUAAUAGUGACUUACACGCUCCAGAAUCUCCUCAAGCUAAAAAGCAAAGUCAAUGGGUUAAGAAUAGGGGUAAGAAAAAGGUUUCCAAACAACAGAAAAAGAAAACAAAACCUCCAAUGAAACCAGCAGCACGUCAGCUUAACGUCCAAUCCAAUAAUAGUGCUGCAGCCGCUGAGAAAAUUCUGAAAGAAUCAAAGCCUGCUUCUAAGCUUCAAGAACGCAAAGAAGCAGGAGAUGUAACUGAGGAAGAGAUUUCUCAAAGUGGUGAAGAAACAGAUGUCUCUAAAAGUGACGUUGAACCAAUAACAAAGAAUGAAGUUAAAACAGCCGAAAAAGCAGCCCCCACUAUUUCCACUUCACGAGGGGAUGAUGACGAUGAUGACGAAGAGUGGAAUAAAUGUCAACAAAAAUUGUUUAAGAGAGAAAAAAUUCUCGAAACAAAAUCCAAGCGAUCACACAGUGUCCAUUGUCCAUAUUUUCCUGAAGAUAAACAGGAAUAUUGGUGGAUUUACAUGGUCGAUAGGAAAAAAAUUGAUUUAAUAGCAACACCGAUUUUAGUUACUAAUCUUGUUGAUGAAGAGCAGAUAGAAUUUAAGAUUACAGCUCCUCAUAAACCUGGUAUUUACAGUUAUUGGAUAAUUGUCAAAAGUGAUUCCUAUGUUGAUUGUGAUGUAUCUCAACCUGUCAAGUUGGAUGUUAAAGAAGCUAAAAUUAUUGCUGAUAAUAAUAUUUGGGAUUUAUCAGACGAAGAGGAAGUGACACGGGAGGAUGACAGUGCAGUAGAGGAUUCCGAUUUGGCUGCUUCUUCUGAUGAAGAAGAAAGUGAUGAUUAAAAUAAAAUUUAAAAUAAAUUUAAAUUGAUAAUUAUAUUGCUAAACAAUAAUAUACAAUUGGUGAUUCUUUUGCAACCGAAAAUUAUAAAGAAAUCUCUUAUUCAUCUUAA